CUCAGCCUGGAGGCAGGCGGCCGAUUACGCCCACACUCGACGCCUCGCUUCACAGCAGCGUCUAUCCAGCGGCCCGAGGCGGUUCGUUCGGAACUCACUACGCAUGCGCCUAAUUUGCAACGCCCCGGGCCGUUCCCCCUCCCACGGGGUCGUAUGACCCGCCGCUCUCCGGCCUCUGCUUCUGGCUUCUCCCAUCCGGUUCCGGGUCAGGGCGGUGGUGGGGCGGGAGGCGUUGGGGUCUCUCCACUGCCCUGGCCGCCUGGGAGGAUUCAUUCCCCGUUAGCUCUUCUCAUAUAACACCCUAUAUCCAGGAGGUUCUGACUCACCAGGAGUUCAUAUUAGCAAUUGAGGCAAGGCCGAGGAUGGAAGGUGUUGAAUUUAAGGAAGAGUGGCAAGAUGAAGAUUUUCCAAGGCCCCUACCAGAGGAUGAUAAUGUUGAAGCAGAUAUACUAGCUGUAACUGGCCAACAAGGCCAGCAUGAAGUGAAUGGAAACAAAGUUAGGAAGAAACUAAUGGCUCCAGAUAUUAGCUUAACACUGGAUCACAGCGAGGAAUCGGUGUUGUCUGAUGACUUAAAUGAGAGUGGAGAGGUCGAUUUGGAUGAUUUAGAUACUCCAUCUGAGAACAGUAAUGAGUUUGAAUGGGAAGAUGAUCUUCCAAAACCAAAAACUACUGAAGUAAUGAGAAAAGGAUCGCUUCCUGAAUACACUGCUGCAGAGGAGAGAGAUGACGGGCGACGCUGGCGUAUGUUCAGGAUUGGGGAACAGGAUCACAGGGUGGACAUGAAGGCAAUUGAACCCUAUAAAAAAGUUAUCAGCCACGGAGGUUAUUAUGGUGAUGGGUUAAAUGCCAUUGUUGUGUUUGCUGUUUGCUUUAUGCCUGAAAGCAGUCAGCCUAACUACAGAUAUCUAAUGGAUAAUCUAUUUAAAUAUGUUAUUGGCACUUUAGAACUGUUAGUAGCAGAGAACUAUAUGAUAGUUUACUUAAAUGGUGCUACAACACGGAGAAAAAUGCCAAGUUUAGGCUGGCUCAGGAAAUGUUACCAGCAAAUUGAUAGAAGGUUAAGGAAAAACCUGAAAUCGUUAAUAAUAGUUCAUCCUUCUUGGUUUAUCAGAACACUUCUGGCCAUCACAAAACCUUUUAUUAGCUCAAAAUUCAGCCAAAAAAUUAGGUAUGUCUUUACCCUGGCAGAGCUAGCUGAACUCAUCCCCAUGGAAUACGUUGGCAUACCAGAAUGCAUAAAACAGUACGUUUUAUUAUUCAACCAUGCAAAGCUGCUUGGAAGGAGCUUUUUCUCAUCCUCCAACUUCAGAGCCUCUUGGCUGAUGGAGAGUAAGAAGGGUGUUUGCUACUCUACUCUUUCCCAAGCCUUUUUUAGUCACUUUCCUAAUUGACCAAGAGCUUGAUGGGAAACAAGAACAGAAAAGUGAACAGUAAGUUUGGAGUCCAGACGAGACGGAAGACUGUGCAGGUGGAAUGAUCUGUUUUGUUUUUGUUUUUGUUUUUUGCAUUUACAAUGCAUUCAUUAGCCUUUAUUAUGUAACCUGUUAUAAAAGGUGCCUUGAUAUAUCUCUGGACUUGUACACAAGGGACUGUUCUCUACAGUAUUGGUUUGCAAAUCUUGGGUUUAAUUCUUGACUUUAAUAGCUACUUUACCGUGUAAUCAUUUUAUACUGUUAAAUGUCAAAGAACCAUAUGUUUAUAGGAGGCAUUCUUGCAAUUAUCUAAAUGAUGCAUGUUCUUCAGUAAAAUAUUUAUAUACCUAAAUGUUAAAGGAAAGAGAUAAUAUAUUUUUAUGACUCUUUGAGCAAUAUUUUAUAAUGUUUGCCUGCAGAAUGAAUUCUUUUGCAAGUAGACAAGGCCAUAAAUGUGCUGUCAUUAUUUUGUAAAGUGCAUGAUGAAUGUUUUUUGCUGUAAAUAGUUAAUACAUUUCCUAAGUGAUUUAGAAACCUAAUGAUUUUUAGAUGCUGGUGUUCACUUAGUGCAGUUGUCUCAUAAAUGUGAAGAUAAUCAUUUUUGUUCCUGUAUCUAAUACAAGUAGAACUCAUUUACACUGCCAGAAUGAUCUUGAGCUUUGAUUUCUUUGUUUUUCUUCAAAAUACAGAUUUGUGGCUCUGUGAAUUUCAGCUUAUUGGCUACUACCUUUUGGCCUAGUUAAGCCAUAUUGGGGACUAAAUAGUUCAAAUGACUAAUAGCAUAAUGAGCUUUUCACCAUUAGGUCACUAGUUUAAAUUCUGCUCAGGUGUUUAGUAGAUAAAAGCUGUCUAGUCAGUGAUCAGUGUGAAAGGAGCUCAGUCCUGUUACUCUUGGAAGACUGAAACUGUGUUCAGUCUCAGCAGACACACAAAGAAUUGCAUGGGCAUGGAGCUUGAACUGUCCUUUCAACCCUAAAAGUUAUCCAUUCAGGUCAAGAUUGAAGUACCCUGGAGAGGAGGUGUGGAAAAUCUUGCACUGCCUUUACUUUGUAGAUGGAGAUCUUCCAUCUCCAGUGCUAUAUGGCACUUCUCAUAAGCACUAAAUUCACUUUAAAGAAUGUAAUGAGUCUGGUUUUUGCUGUGGUUAUUCAAGAUGUAUCCACAAGUUUUCACUUGGUGUUCUUGGGCACAUAAAUUGACUUUCAUAGGUUCUAUUAGCAUAGCUAAAUUAUACUAUGUUCUGGGUGAAACAUGUAAUAAAAAUGUCAAUCAUGCCUAUUUUGCCUAUUGGUGUGUGCAAAUAAAUCCAUUCAGAAGUUAAACAUUUAAGUGACAUUGUAACAAGCAUUAAAUAUUUUCACUUUUUUCUGCAGUGCUCACUACUUUUGUCUUAAUCAUAAUCAAAAAUCCCCAUCUGAUAUUAUUGCACACUUCUAAACUGUAUAUUCUUGGAAAUAGUAGUAGUAUCACAGCUCUUACACACAAUCAAAAUAAAUGUGGUAUACUUACAAAAGUAAGGUAGGUUUCAACUGGAUGGUUACUUAUCAGUGAGGUAUAACGCUCAUAGGGUAAUCAUACAACCGGGACUUACUAACCUUUGGAUCCUUGCAGACUCCUCGAUGUCUCUAAUCAACUGUGCAUAGGUGCAGUACUAGCUAAUUCUGAUGCCGGAUCAGGCCAGUAGUCUGCAUCUGAACUUAACAGAGAUCUAUUUAACACACAUGCUUCAGGGGAAUCCGUCUCAAGGCAUACGUAUUUUGGUUAGAUCAGCAUCUGUCUCCAUCAGCAGUUUGUGCAGAUUAAUAUGCUGUGUCUUCUGCCUAAAUAGACAACCUUAUUCUGAAGUUGCCCUGUAUGCAUUUUUAUAAGGCUUCUAUUUUGGUCUGAAAGCAAAGAACCUAAAUGAAGAUACUUUCUUCAGGAGCUAGGGCCUGAUGGACAACCUUGAGCAAGUCCCUUCAUUGCCUUAUAACUCCAUUUCCCCACUUGUAAAAUGGAUAUAAUGAUACUCACCUUUUUUUGUAAAGCAUUUUGAGAUCUACAAAUGAAAACCGCUACAUAAGUGCUAGGUGCUCUCACUUCUAUUCCUCAUUCUAUAUAUCAAGUUAUAUCAACUCCAGCUUACUGGCUGAAACCUUCCCCAGCCUGGCAAAUAAAAUUCCAAGACUGGCCAAGUGCAAGGUGUGUGCAUGCAUGCAUGCAAAUCUGGAAAUCUUUUAUUUCAUUUUCAGGCCUUAAAGCUGAAUAGAUUUAGGUCUCUAAAAGCCUGGAGAAUAAGAAGGGGUCACCAUCUCACUUCAAAUUUUUUCUUCAGAUAAAGAUGACUUCUACCAAAAGCAGUUCUUCUAGAAAUAGGGUCUGACAGUUGACUUGCAUUGAUAUAGUGUGAUACAGUUAAAUCAAUAUCUCAGAUUACUGAAAGAUGUCAUUUGUUGUAUGUAGUGGAGAACACAAUAGCUAAAGAUGUUUCAAAUGGAAAAACAGUAAAAUUUCUACUGGCUAUAGACAUUCUUUCUACAUCUUCCUCAUUGCUUCCUUUAACUCCACACUUGCUUCUCCUUUCCUUUUACCUCCUACAAAAGUUGCAUGCCAAGAAUCUUAAACAGCAGUUCAAACAGUACAUAUGUUGUGUAGAAAACCUCCUUUAUAUACUGUAUUUUGUACUUGACCAAAUGUUCAGUAAUUUUAAAGGUGACUUCCAAAGGGUGGGAAGGUUUGUACCUUUCUGCUGCUUUAUUGUAUGAUUAAAGGAAGUCUGAUUUUUUUUU